GUUAUCUGUAGUUCAGCUAGUGUAACAACGGUUGCUGCAGUCUUACUGGACUUUGUUGUCUUCCCAUCGCUCGUGAGGAGGAGGAGGGCUCGUGCGAGGACUGCUCGUGCUGUGAUGGGACUACAAACCCGUUAGUACCAACAGCCUCCUGCUCUUCCAUCAUGGCUCCCUCGGCAGACAGGCAGGGAUACUGGGGGCGGCCGACCUCAACGCUGGACUGGUGCGAAGAAAAUUAUGUUGCCUCUUUUUACAUUGCGGAAUUUUGGAACACUGUCAGCAACUUGAUUAUGAUUCUUCCUCCUAUUUGUGGGGCCAUCCAGACGUUUCGAGACGGCCUUGAGUUUCGCUACGUCUGCUCUUUCCUCGGACUGGCAGCUGUUGGUGUUGGUUCCUGGUGCUUCCACAUGACGCUGCUAUAUGAGAUGCAGUUACUGGACGAGUUGCCAAUGAUUUACAGUACAUGCAUCUUUGUCUACUGUCUAUAUGAGUGUUUUAAACAAGAGAAGAGCAUCAGUUUAUUUCUGAUUGCGUUGUUAUUGAUCUUCAGUGUCUCAGUCACUGUGGUAUACUUACAGUGGAAGGAGCCAGUCUUUCAUCAGGUCAUGUAUGGUGCUCUAGUAGCUUGCCUAGUGAUGCGAUCUGUCUUCAUUGUUACGUGGGUGUACCCAUGGCUCAGACCGCUGUGUUACACCUCCUUAGGAAUCUUUUUGUUUGGGUUCCUACUGUGGAACAUUGACAACAUAUUCUGUGACACAUUAAGAGCCAGUAGACAAACGCUGCCCUCUGGUGUUGGAGUAGUAACACAGUUCCAUGCCUGGUGGCAUAUCUUCACAGGCCUUGGAUCUUACCUGCACAUACUUCUUAGCCUGCAGAUCAGGUCAACCUACCUCAAGUACAGACCAAAUGUAAAGUUUCUUUGUGGAGUUUGGCCUACAUUGCACAUUGAACCACAGAAGACGAGUUGAAAUGAAGGGAUGGAGACCAACUGAAGGAUGGGGACAGCCAUAUCCAGACACCAUCGGCACAGGGACCUGCCAAUGACUGCUGCUGCGCAAUCAGCCCACAGCUAGGGCACAGGUGCACCCCAUGGCACCACCCCAGGGACCCUUUGGUUCUGCACUGUGGGGGAUUUACUAAACAUUAUAGCACUGAGUCCAGUUUAAAGAUAUGGAAGAUUUUCCUUUCAUUAGUCAUAUUUAUUAGACUAGCUUUUCUGUAAUCUUAUUGAAGUGUAAUGAUUUUAUUUGCUCAUUCAUUUUCAAUGCAAAUAUGAUGUAGUCCACUGCAGCUGUAAAUGUAGGGGGUAGGGGUGUUAUCUUAAUUAGGGUUUGGGAAAAGGGAAAGUAAUUAUUCAAAAAUCUCUACUAGCAUAUUAAUUGUAUGUUUCAUUAUGUGGAUAUUUGAAUCUCCUAAGCCUAAAUAUAUUUAAAUAGAUCCCUAAACUAAAGUAUAACUAAGACUUUAGCUUACAAUACUUAAAACACAGUGCUGUCAUAUCCCUUUUUAAGUAGUAUUGUUUUUGGAUGUGCUCACUACAUAUGGGAGAGAAACUGACAACUAGAAAGUGAAAGUGGCACUGUGUUAUUGUAGCUCAGCUGUCUUGACUAGAAGAUCCUUCUUCAUUUCCUUGUGCCACAGGCUGCAUUUUUACUUGAAACGUUCCUAUCAAAACAUGUCACGACUGGAAUUAUUAAUUUAUUUUUCUAUCAGUGCCAAAGUUGCUCUGGGAUUUUAAAAAGUAAUGUAAUGUGUGAAACAUGUUACUGUUUUACCUCGUUAUAAUCAAGCAAGACAUGCAAUGGUCAUAAUUUUGCUUUUAUUUAUGCACAAAAUUAAAAUUUUGUUUAGGACAGGGUUAACAUUUUUCCAGCAAAGCAAGUUGAACUACUUUUGAAAGCUUGAGUUUCUGUGGACAGAAACACUUUCACAGUCUUUUAAGCGAUACUGCACACAAAUGUGUGCUCUGUGAAGGUCUAAACUUUUACAAACACAGCUAAAGCCUUCAUCAGGGUGUGUUAUGUUAAGAAACCCAUUUGUUGGGGGGUGACCAGCAUCUGGAGGCUCUGAUCAGGCACAAAUAAUGGCAAACGUGCAGAAACAUCACUGAAAAUGCAUCGGACCAACUUGCGACUGAGCUUGGAGGGUUUUCUAUUUGUAAUUGUUAACAUUCACUCCAAGGACCAAGUGAAUACAUGGAAAAUGUCUAAAUCAUUUCAUGCUCAUAAGCUGCAUGUUAUGGGGACAAGACACAGCCA